CAGGAUUAACCGCAAAAUGACUGUUAAAUCGCAUCACGGAGGCAAAUAAUCCGCAAUGUCAUGACUCAACUUUAAAUUUUCGCGCCGCUCAUCCUCUCGCCUCAGGAUAUCUUUGGACGCGAUAGCCGGCGUCUCGGCUCACCCAUUCCAGCGAAGGGAUGUUGCUCCUCGAGCAACAUCGGUCAUGACGGGAAUCUAGUCAGCGGUAGAGCGGUUGUUCGUUUUGCAGCAACAGCAGCCCCAUCUAGCUCAGUUGGUGUAUGGUGUUUGUAUUGUGAUGUUGGUCGAGCUUUAGAGGAGAAGAGAAGCUCGACCAGCAACAAAAUAGGCAAAAGCUAGAGACUGCUAGAGCUUGCUUGCCUGCCUGCCUGCCUGCGUGCGUGCUGCUUGGCACCCGCCAAAUCGGUUGAUACUAUAUAGACACGCACGCAACAGACAAAACGACUCACACAGGCGCUCGCUCACAUUUCAAGCAGCAAAGCAAAGACCCAACCAAUUACAGACCGGUGGCAGUAGCAGUCGAAGUGGGCUGUAUGUAUCAUAAUAAAGCUGCCUGACCGCCCGUUUGCUUCUGUACGAGAGCCACAGCUACCCUAUAUCACUGUUACUAGUGCUCAUGGGUAGAAAAAAACCGAAUCCCCGAGCGGGUCUGUGAUACUAGAAUGGUCUGGGCUUUAUCCUCCUGUCUUGUGCAUCUGACUCUGAUGAUGUUCACGGUACGACCGUCAUAGGACAACGAUACCGACGUUCGAGACAACCAACAGUGGCGCGUACUUGCAUGCGUUGUUCAGUGGGUAAUAGUAGUUGUGGUUAUUCAAUGCAUCGUCGACUUGUUGGUUAAAUUGACCAUCUGCCUGUGUCGUAGUUAGCGUAUAUUUGCAGCACCUACCAGCGGUGGUAUGCCUCUGUCCGUCUUAGAGUGAGUUCGUAUUUGUGAUUUUUGCCGUUCCGCAUCUACGGGCGCUACUGUUGCUCCAGCUGCUAGAUUGUUGCUGCCACCCGUUCAGUGAGUGCUUCCAGAGAGUUUGCUGGGCACCGCGCCCUCGUCCGUGAGUUCUUACGGACUAUGUUUGUAGUUGUUCGCUGUCUAUAGUAGACAACGGGUAAAUGAGAAGUAGUAGUGCAUUCGACAGACUAAACCCGGCGAAAAAGAAGGAACUAACGAUUGCCCGAAACUAGCUAUCGGCGAUUAUCCGCAAACAACGACAAAUACAGAAGGCUCCAAGCGUAGUCGAAAAGUGCUCUUCCCUUUCUGCGUUUUGUCUCGUCCGAUGCGCUCGAAUCGAACGCGCCACAACGAGAACACAGGUAUUGGAGCACGACGACAACAGCCAGGAGUCUUCGUAAGGAACAAAUAACACCAUUUUGUAGUCCUGCUAUUAAGGCGUAGCCAAAUCGUUAGCGAGCAAAUCUUUGUUGUUGUCGUCGUCGUCGUCAUUGUGUUAGUGUUGUGUGUGUGUGUGUGUGUAUAGUGCGCGUGUGUUUUGAGUGGAUAGAAAUCUGUGUUCAUCACGAUUGUAACGCAUUGGCUACGACGCGAGCGGCUUCGGCCGCCAUCCAGCAGCAACAGACGUCAAGAUGCAGAUGACCGUCGAGGAGUUUGUGGCCGAGACGCUCGAUGAUCAUAAUAGCCCAACGACCUCGCAGUUCGUCAACAAGAUCAACGACUGCCGACAGACGGUCGCCAAUCUCGAGGAGUCGCUGGACUUCGAUCGAGAUGGCCUGUCAAAACUCAAGAAAGCCAUUAAGGCCGUUUAUAAUUCUGGUACAACACAUGUCGACAACGAACUAUACCUGUCGAAAGCAUUAGAAAAGCUGGGCAGCCAUGCAAUGUCGCGUGAAGGUGAACCCGAUAUAGGCGCGGCAUUCAUUAAAUUCUCUAUCGUGGCACGUGAAGUGUCCUCACUCAUGAAGACGCUCAUGCAGAGUCUUCAUAAUAUCAUCAUGUUCCCUGUAGAAAACUUGCUCAAAGGCGACUUGCGCGGCGUAAAAGGUGACCUAAAGCGACCAUUUGACAAAGCAUAUUCUGACUACGAACGAAAACUUGGCAAAAUAGAGAAGGAAAAGAAAGCCAUUGCAAAAGAAGCCGGCAUGAUUCGAACGGAGAUGACUGGUGCGGAUCUCGCUGAGGAGAUGGAAAAAGAGCGACGAUGUUUCCAAUUACAUAUGUGCGAUUAUUUACUUCGAGUAAAUGAGGUAAAGACGCGUAAAGGGGUCGAACUGCUGCAGCAUCUUGUCGAGUUCUACCAUGCGCAGAACUCAUUCUUCCAGGACGGCAUCAAGACCAUCGGGCAUUUCCAGCAGUAUGUGAAUGAGUUGUCGGCGAAACUUCAAACGAUGAAGGCGAAGCAGGAUGAAGAAAGAAAGAAGCUUCUCGAGCUCAAGAACACACUCAAGAACUGCACGCCGUCCCUGGCCUCGGCCAAUGCCACCCUCGAUUCGACGCUGUCGUCGCACGGAGUUGGGGGUAGCUCCGCUGGUUUGGGCGGCUUGGGAGGCCUAGCUUCGGGGGGGCUUGGGGGCCAAUCUGCUGAUGGGAGCGCCAGCAACGUGCAUAAUACCACUCAGAGUGGUUACUCACUUCAUCAGCUACAGGGCAAUCAACAUUAUGGCACGACAAAAACGGGCUAUCUAUCAAAAAAGAGCGACGGAAAGAUGCGUCGAGUUUGGCAAAAACGACGAUGUGAAGUGGCUGACGGGGGUUUUUUGUCAAUUUAUCAUUCGGAUGAAAGCAAACCUCCGACACGGUUGAAUCUGCUUACGUGCCAGCUUAAACUGCCCUAUCAAAAUCAAGGUGAUGAACGCCAACGGUGUUUCGACCUCGUCUCCUACAAUCGAACAUACCACUUUCAAGCGGAGGAUGACGCUGAUCUCGAAGCAUGGAAAGCCGUCCUGCUCAAUGUUAAAGAAGGAGCACUGAGACGUGCAUUCAGUGAUUCAGCUGGGGGUGCUGAAUUACGGGAGCAGAUUACCCGUCAGGUGCAAAGUCUGCCAGGGAACGAUCGCUGCGUAGAUUGUGGAUCGACAAAAGAUGUGACUUGGUUGGCAACCAACUUCGGUAUUAUCACAUGUAUCGAAUGUAGUGGAGUGCACCGUGAAAUGGGAGUGCACAUAUCUCGGAUACAGUCCCUUACGUUGGAUAACUUGGGUACCUCACAGUUACUUCUCGCCCGUGUCAUGGGCAAUCACGCAUUUAACGAAGUUAUGGAAGCUACUAUUGGUUCUAUACCACGUCCCACUCAGGCGUCAAAUAUGGAUGAGCGGUCGGAAUUCAUCCGAGCUAAGUACAUGGAUAAGGAAUUCGUUCUCAAGACAUGCUCCUCCAUGCAGGAUCUGCUGCAGGAUACGGAGCAGGCGAUCCAAGCCCGAUCUAUACAUCAACUGCUUCAAAGUUUUGCUGAAGGAGUAGACUUUUCAUUGCCACUUCCAAGUUGUCAGAGUACAGGAGAGACGGCGCUUCAUGUCGCCAUUAAACAGGUGAAGCGAAAAGGCAGCGUCAAAAUUCACCGACAGGGUGUGAAGCCCCUUGUGCUACCCGGAUACGAGGACGGCACUUCGUUACAUUUGGUUGAUUUUCUCGUACAAAAUGGAGGCGGAUGCGCCGACGUCGCCAAUGUAGAAGGCUGUACCCCACUACAUACCGCUGUUCAGUUGCGACAGACCGAAUGCAUUAAACUGCUACUUAAGAGCGGAGCCCGGUAUGUCGCCCGAAAUGCCGAAGGAAAAACAGCUGCAGACAUUGCUCGUGAGAAAGGUUACGACAAAUGUCUCGAGCUGAUAGAGCAUGCGGCCGAAAACAAGAAGUCGUUAUUCGAGAACGUUAACCUCGACUUCGGUAGUCUGCAGGCCCCAGGACUAGCAGACGACGGGUCCACAGAUUUUUCUGACGACGAGUACGCCGACGAAAAGCUGUCCGAGUGGCGCACUCGAGGUUCACGGCCAUCGUCAGUGAUUUCGACGGAUCUACUACGAGCCGAGUCGCCACUUAGUCGGAAAAAGGUGCCUCAAGGGGGUGGCUCCGGAGCGCAUUCACAUACCCCCGGCUCGGUGAAAAAGCGCGUGGCACCUAAUCCGCCCCAGUUACAACUGCUAGCAACGUCCACUCCGGGAAAACAUAACCGAUCCCCUUCUGAUCCGAUGUUUACUCCGGGUCAACUCUCGUGCUCGACGCCGGCGUCCAGCACAACGUCAGUUAGUUCUACGGCAACAGGGCAAGGGCUCCAUGGCGGUCAGUCUGGAUCGUCAGCUCAGAGUGGACCCCACAAACGAAACCUCUCUAUGGACGUCGGAGGCGGAAGUGGAGGUUCUACUGUAGGUGGUCCAAGUCUACUGGACGAAAUUACGUCGACGUUAGGGCGAACAGCUGUCGCUGGUCAGGGCACUCAGGUGCAACGACCGAAAUUCCCCCCCCCGCCAAAGCCACCCAUUAAUGGUGCCAAGCCCGAAAGCAUUAUUAUCGGCGGCGCGCCCGUCUCGACAACGAAAACCACUACAACCUCCAUAGGAAUGAAUCCUUCAAGCACCACGAACAGUCAAGUGCGACGUUGUCGAGCACUAUAUAACUGCCGAGCGGACGCAGACGAUGAGCUAUCGUUCAAAGAGGGCGAUAUCAUCCUGAUAACAAAGGAGAAGACCGAGGAUGAAGACUGGAUGGAGGGCAUGCUCCAGAAUGGGAAUGGGAAAAAGGCACUGUUUCCAGUGUCGUUUGUGGACAUGAUUGACUGAACCGGUCUGAUAAAAUUGGUGGACCUUGAAGCACUUAAUCAAAUGCUUCACUGACGCCCACUUUAUCAUAUUGGUUUAGCCUGGAGGCCGUUAAAGGGCGAACAAGUUUUUAAGACAAGCCGUGAUGCGCACAUAAAAAUGAUUCAGAAGUCUUCUGGAAUAGCAGAGCAAGCAAGGAUCAGUGCAAAAUUUUUACAAACAUUUUGAUCUUGAUAAAGACUAUCUUCUGCGAUUGAUGCUGUGCCUGAUGGAACAAAUUAUCGUUUAUUCUACCGGCGUGAUAGACGGGAUCAUCAUGCCAUGUAUAUUUGACCUAGAUGACUAAAAUAAUAUAACACUUAUGCCGAGAAGACAAGAGCUCAGUGUACGAUCGGCUAUGCAUAGGUGGGAUAAAGAUAUAACUAUUAGGCACAUUUACCUAGUUUCUUACUUUGAAGGAGGAAAAAAUUAGCGACGUGACUCUUUGUUUACUUUUUCAUCUGACAGAGACAGAAAACAUCUGACUGGAAUGUCUUUAAUAGCUAAACCCAAACCAUUAUAUUUGUACCAAUAAAUAAGAUAACACGAUGGGUACGUUCCGCGACGUGACUAGAUUGUUCCUGCUAAGCUAGUCUCUUCAAACUAUUUGAAUUAGCUUAGUAAGUUCAUUCAACGAUGACAUAUACACACUAUUUUCGAUGCGAUCCGUUACUCUUGAUUAUAGUUUGCUGUUCGUCGGUGUAUGAAGGCGCCUUGAGCAUUACCCCACGGCCCAGCGUAAUAGGGGUACCGAGCAAUGGCUAGAUCCUCACGUUCAUCGCCGUUGUGGGAAUCACGACCUCUGCUGGUCGAUCUCAAUUUUAAGAGAACAGGAAGGCUCAUGUGCAUCAGAAUCUGCCAACAGUUACGGAUACUGUCGUUUAAACGCAUGAGACUUUGUUCAGCGUCCGAACAGUUAUACACCCUUUAGAGUCGCAGAGGAUAGGUCAGAACAGAAUCUGUGAAAGCAAAAACACGGGUGAUCCACGACUAUUUUUGGUAUAUACACCACUGUUUUCUGUUGCUACAGACAGAACUGAGGGGUUAGCUAACACCUAACCUAGCUAACAAAUUUUCCUAUGUUGUACCAAACAGCCAGUUACUAAGAAUAAUUAUAUAGACGUGUGAUUAUAACAAUAAUAACUGAUGACGACACUUUGCGGAACCGCUCUUGAGAUUUAAAUGGGCUGCUA